AUGAUUGGCCCGUUUGAUACCUAUCGUAUACCACCAAUAGGCGUGGCUUACGGUAAGUAUAACCGUAAGCCGCGUCUAAUCGUGUACCUUAGUGCACACUAUAACAAUCCAUCACAUCCGAAUAUUAAUUCAUUGAUUGACAAAGAGGAAUUUUCAGUGUCAUACGUUAGGUUAGAUGAUGCUUUGCAAAUUGUGAAUAGUCUCGAGGUUAAUACAUCGAUGGUUACGACUGAUAUAGUUGAUGCAUUCAAAAUGAUACCUGUUAAACCGGAACUAUGGCGGUACCUUGGUAUAUGUUGGAAUGGGUUUUACUAUUUCUAUACACGUUUGGUCUUUGGAUCUCGUUCAAGUCCGAAGAUUUUUGACUUGUUUUCCUCAAUAACUUGUUGGAUUGCAAAAGAAAAUUAUGGUAUUCGAUUUAUUUUGCAUCUGUUAGAUGAUUUCAUACCGUUCCAUCCUCCCGAUGAAGCUGAUCCCACUAUGGUUUCGAUGAAGUUGAUGUUCAAAAGAUUAAAUGUACCAUUAUCGCCUUUGAAAACUGUUGGUCCUACAUUCGUUUUAGAAUAUCUAGGCAUUAUUAUUGACAGUCAGUUGAUGUUGGUUAGUCUGCCCGAAGAUAAACGGGUCAGAGUUUUGGAGACCGUUUACACUUACUUAAACAAGAAACGAUGUACUAAACGAGAAUUAUUGAGUAUCACUGGCUAUCUUGGACAUGCUUCACGGGUUAUUCCAGCAGGUAGAAGUUUCGUAUCAUAUCUGAUUGCUUUAUCAUGCACAGUUGGUCCGUUACAUUAUUCCGUAUCACUUUCAAAAGCGUGCCGCCUUGAUCUCUUAAUGUGGUUUUAUUUCUUGCGAUCUUGGAAUGGUGUGUCUACCUUUUAUGAUCCAAAAAUUGUUAAUUCCUGUGAGAUAGAAUUAUUGACGGACGCAGCUCCUUCAAUCGGCUUUGGCGGCUAUUGGAAGGACGAAUGGUUUGCCUCACCAUGA